UCCGGACGGGUACCAGUUCGUAUCGGCCACGUCGAGGUGUGAAAGUUAACAUGACGGCUGAAGCUAACAAAUGCGCUGCAAGGAAAGUUCUUAUCGCAGUCGAUGGAAGUGAACAUGGUGAUCGUGCAUUCGAUUGGUACAUGAAAAAUAUUCAUGCUGCUGGAGAUUCUGUGAUUGUGUUGCAUGCAUUUGAGAUUCCUCCUCUUCCAUAUUCAUCUGGGCCAUUUGUGUUUGCUUACUACGAGGAAUGGAGCCAAAUGGUCAAUGAUCUUAGAGAAAAGGCUAAAGAAAUGAUGCUGGGGUAUGAAGAGAGAUGCAGACAGAAAAACUUACAUUAUGAGAUGAUCCUAAUUGCUGGUAAACCUGCUGGUAAUGUGAUAUGCAGUGAGGCAAAUAAACAGAAAGUGGACCUUAUUGUUACUGGUUGCCGUGGACUCAGCACAGCUAGACGUACAAUCCUUGGAAGUGUUAGUGACUAUAUAGUGCAUCAUAGUAGCUCCCCAAUCUGUGUAGUACCCCCUCCUUUAAAAAAAAACAUGAUCAAUGAAAAACAUGUAGAUACAUGAAUCUCAUCCCCAGGGCAAUGAUCAAUUUUAGCCACUCACAAUUUAAUUUAGACAGUCAAACAGAUCUGAAGAGAAACUUUUUUCGGUUACUCAGGCACUCAUUUUUUAUUAACUUCUUUAACUGGGGAAUAUUGGCCUGAGGUUCAUACAAAAUAACAGAGGGCAAUUAUUCUCCAAUACAGCUCAAGCAAGCAAGAUUUGGAAGUAGGCUAUAUUAAUAUGGCACUUGGACUAAGCUAGUUCAUUUUGAAUUUGCCACCUGUCUCAAACAAAAACACAUGGCUAAGGAACAUUUCUGUGGAAACUGUAUGGCAAAAUCCUGACCAAGUAAGAACCAAUCAGAACAAUUGAAUUUACUUCAGGACUACAUUUAUAUCUUAGGCCAUGUAAUAACAUUGUGUAUUUCAAUUGUUUCUGUUUCAAAAACCAAACUUCAGUCACUAGAAACUGGCAAUUAGAUCACAACCUGUUUCAUUCGUGUAACUGAUCAAAAAGAUUACUGACAGCUCUGAGAAUGAGAAAACAUUUUACCACUGAAAAGGGUAGUUAUGAAAAUACUAUAGGUACUCUAAGACAAUUUCCACUAAUUAUUUUCAAAAUAGGAGUUUUGUCAGUCCUAUAAUUGCUUAUUUAAACAUUAAUUAUAAACAAACAAUAUUUCUGGUUCAAAUUUUUCCCACAUUAUCAAAAUGGUUAAAGAAACUGUACCAGAGUUAUGAAGGUUUAUAUUGCUCUAAUUAAAGAUACUCAUUAUUUUGAAAGUCACAUUCCAUUGCAAAUAUUAGUCAAUGCCCUUUGCUUAAAAUUUUCAGCCAGGCUAGGUCUAAUUAAUUUUUUAUGACUACAAACUUUCUAAAUUUAGAAUUUGAUCCCUUUGUGUGUGUGCAUGUUCAAUAAUCUUCUAGAUAUAAUUAACAACUAUUGACUGAAGUGGAGGGGGCGGUGAUGGAGGUAAAUAUCCACCCCUAGCCACAGGCACUAAGGUGAAUAGUGGUUUCAGAACAAUCAUGCUAAAACAGUAAGUUAAUAUAGCACAAAAAGAUGAUUUUAAUUUAUAUGUUCCUACAAUGAUUACCAUAUUUUUGGGUGCAAAUCCCAUGUGAGUUGUUAGGAGGUGAAUAGCAAAGGAUAUUCUGAGUUGGAGUACCCAAUCAGAGCAUACCUUCAAUGCUAUCCGCUUAUCAAAUAUCAAUUACAUACUUAGUUUACCUACUGCUUUAGAACAAUCAUCCACAUUAUUUUUAACAAUUGCUACUUUGCAUAUGACAAGCAUAGAUAUCAGUAAUAUUAAUAAGGCAAUAUAAUUAGGUGUACUAAGAUACAAGUAUUUACAUACUAGAAAUGGUAGAAGAAUUUUUACAUUUUGAGGUUUCUAAAACUGCCUAAAGGUAUUCUUGCAUAACAAUUGAAGUAAAGUGAUGUUGAAUUUCAAAA